AUGGCCGACUCCGCAUCCGCCAAACGAAUCCACACACAACACUGCCGCUUCUGUAACCACCUCCUCCUCGCCACCACGCGCGACAUCUCCGCCCUCCCGCGCCGAGGAGGCGACGCACAGGACAAGGCGAUCAUUGUGCCCAUGACGCAAACACUGGACCCCGAUCUGGACCAUAAUGAAAAUAAUACGCCGUCGGGCACUCACACGACACUCUUACUGUCGACGACCGUUCCCGAUCGACGACCAACACUCAUCCGCCGCGAGGACGGCAUCGAGAAGCGGGUUCUACUCCGGUGUGGACGGUGUCGCGUUGUGGUGGGGUAUCAGCUUGAUCGGGUGCAUUACCCAGUGAAUGCUGGUACCACAGAGGGAGAUGAGAAUAGUCGCCCACCAGCGGUGUAUCUUCUUCCGGGCGCUGUGGUGGAAACGGAGCAGAUGGGGAGUGGUGUUGAGGACAACAAAGAAGGAGAAUGGAGGCAGUGGAUUCAAGAAGGUGUUGUAUAG